AUGAAUGGAGGAGCGUCAGUAUCCGCGAUGUCCUCCGCACCGUCAACGUCAACAUUACCAUUGGAUGUAAUUGAUGCAAAUCUUUUUCAAGGGAAGAAAUAUCUGAAAAAUGAAUAUGUCGAGCGCAAAUAUAAUUCUCAGCAAGAAAUUUAUCGAGAGAUCGUUUCUGAAUGUGCUCGUCUUGAAGAGGUUUUUGUAUAG